CGGAUACUUCAAUAGGUGUGGUUUAGGGUGGAGCUUAAUAAAAAUGGCGGGUCCUGUGAGAACUGUAAACCUGCCUUACUGCCCUGAAGUCGGGAAAUAUGAGAAACUGACUAAAGUAGGACAAGGGACUUUUGGUGAGGUUUUUAAGGCCAAAGACAGAAAAACGGGUCGACUUGUUGCGCUAAAGAAAGUUUGUAUGGAGAACGAGAAAGAAGGAUUCCCCAUGACAGCUCUGAGAGAGAUACGGAUACUUCAGUUGCUGCAGCACAACAAUAUCGUUAACCUUGUGGAGAUAUGUAGAUCAAAAGCUACUCCUUACAACAGAGACAAAGGCAGUAUUUAUUUAGUGUUGGAUUUCUGCGAACACGACUUAGCUGGCCUCUUAGAAUGCAAAGAGAUCAAGUUCUCCCUCUCUGAGAUCAAGAACAUCAUGCAGCAACUCUUCAACGCUUUAGCUUAUAUCCACGGGAACAACAUACUUCACAGAGACAUGAAGUCCUGUAAUAUUCUCGUCACAAGGAAAGGCGAACUCAAAUUAGCUGAUUUCGGUCUAGCAAGAGCUUUAAACAAAGGAGCCAACCAGAGAUAUACAAACCGGGUCGUGACACUAUGGUACAGACCCCCUGAACUAUUUCUGGGCGAGAGGAACUAUGGCCCCCCCAUUGACAUGUGGGGGGCCGGUUGCAUAAUGGCCGAGAUGUGGACAAGAAGACCGAUCAUGCAAGGAGAUACAGAGCAGAAGCAAAUCACUCUCAUUUGCCAGUUGUGUGGAUCAAUUUCGCCCACUGAAUGGGCCGGGGUAGAGAAAUUGGAAUAUUAUCAGAAGCUGGAGCUACCGCAGAAAGAGAAUCGUAAAUUGAAGGAGAGGCUCAGACAUUUUGUGGAGGAUCCUUAUGCCCUGGAUUUAAUUGAUAAACUAUUGAUGCUUGACCCAAGGAAGAGGAUUGAUGCUGACUCUACGCUUGAACACGACUUCUUUUGGAAGGACCCACUCCCCACUGAUUUGAGUAAAACCCUCUCAACGUUGCGGAGUUCUAUGUUUGUGAUGCACACGGGGAGCCAUAAGCCCCUCCCAGGGCCCCGCCCAACACAAUCCCAACCUCCAAACGUCGUAUCUGGUAAUGUCCAUGAUCGUGUUUUCUGAUCAUUACUGCCAGCUCCUUUGAAAUUUGAUAUGACAUUUUGACAUACACAUCACACCCUCUCUCUCUCUCUCUCCCUCCCUCUCCCUCUCUCUUGUCAUUUGUCCAAUACCAUUAUUUCAAAUAUCAUGUAAUUCAUUUCUUUUAAAAAGAAAAA